GUUUCCUAUUCGGAGCAUAUUUCCUGCAGCACACAGACUCUCCCCAUGUGUUUACUUUUGUGGAAUAAAUUUAUCUAAACUAUGGAAAACAUUACCGAUGGAAAAUGGGGGAGUCUGCCGGUGAAAUUACAUGACAACAUAUUACAGACUCUUAAAGAGCUGGGAUUUACAUAUAUGACUCCCGUUCAGUCUGCCUGUAUUCCUCUUUUUAUGAGUAAUAAAGAUGUGGCUGCCGAGGCGGUGACUGGCAGUGGGAAGACUCUUGCCUUUGUGAUCCCUGCAUUAGAAAUUCUUCUAAAGCGAGAAGAGAAGUUAAAAAAGAUGCAGGUCGGUGCGUUGAUCAUAACGCCCACCCGUGAGCUGGCUAUGCAAAUCAGCGAAGUGAUGGGUCGUUUUCUGCAGGGAUUCCCUCAGUUUACACAGAUCCUUUUAAUUGGUGGAAGCAACCCUAUUGAGGACGUGGAGAAGUUGAAGACUCAGGGAGCCAACAUCAUAAUUGCGACUCCCGGCCGAUUGGAGGACAUGUUUAGGAGGAAGGCUGAUGGACUUGAUUUGGCCACGGCUGUGAAGUCUCUAGAUGUCCUAGUCCUGGAUGAAGCUGACAGAUUGUUGGACAUGGGCUUUGAAGCCAGUUUAAACACCAUUCUGGGGUAUUUACCCAAGCAGCGGCGCACAGGGCUUUUCUCCGCCACUCAGACGCAGGAGCUGGAGAAGCUGGUGAGAGCCGGUCUCAGAAACCCUGUGCGAAUCACCGUGAAGGAGAAAGGGGUCGCGGCCUCCAGUGUGCAGAAAACCCCUGCCAAACUCAGCAACUACUACACCAUGUGUCGAGCAGAGGAGAAGUUCAACACUUUGGUGGCCUUUCUCAGGCAGCACAAGCAUGAGAAACAGCUGGUUUUCUUCAGCACCUGUGCCUGUGUGGAAUAUUUCGGAAAAGCCCUGGAAGUCCUGGUCAAGAACGUCAGCAUCCACUGCAUUCAUGGAAAGAUGAAGCAUAAACGCAACAAGAUUUUUGCCGAUUUCAGGGCUCUGAAGAGUGGGAUUCUGGUGUGCACAGACGUCAUGGCGAGAGGCAUCGACAUACCCGAAGUCAACUGGGUGCUUCAGUAUGACCCGCCAAGCAGUGCAAGUUCCUUUGUGCAUCGCUGUGGACGAACUGCACGUAUUGGAAACCAAGGAAAUGCGCUUGUCUUUCUUCUGCCAAUGGAAGAGUCAUAUGUCAAUUUCUUGUCCAUUAAUCAAAAGUGUCCCCUUCAGUCGUUUUCCUCAGUGAAAGAUGUGGUUGAUGUUCUGCCGAAAUUGAAGGCGAUGGCUUUAGGCGACCGAGCGAUGUUUGAGAAGGGCAUGAGAGCCUUUGUGUCGUAUGUGCAGGCGUACGCCAAACAUGAGUGCAGUCUGAUAUUUCGCAUUAAAGACCUAGAUUUCGCCGCUCUGGCUCGUGGCUUUGCUCUUGUCCGAUUACCCAAAAUGCCUGAAUUAAGAGGAAAGACCUUCCCAGACUUUAAAGCGGAGGCCAUUGACACAGACACCAUCCGCUUUAAAGAUAAAAACAGGGAGAAACAAAGACAAAAGUGGCUGGCGGAGCAGAAAGAGAAAGAGGUGCCGCUGAGGAAGAACUUCAUCAAGAACAAAGCCUGGUCCAAGCAGAAGAUCAAGAAGGAUAGGAAGAAGAAGAGGGCUUCCAAAAGAAAGCUAGAUCAGGAUUCGGACGCUGCAGAGGAAGACUUAAACGAGCUUAUGAAUGACACCCGUCUGCUGAAGAAACUGAAGAAAGGGAAAAUCACCGAGGAGGACUUCGACAAGCACAUGAGUUCAACGGACAAACACAAACCAGCAGGAAUAGACAGUUCUGAUGGAGACUGAGAAAGAGACGUCAUGUGUGAGACUUCAUGCUGUCGUUUCACUUCGAUAUGCUGUAUCAGCAGUGUUACUUCCUUUCUGAUUGACUUUCUCUGGGAUGUACGAAGUCCAUGCGUUCAUCACCAAUGUGCUUUUGUACUAACAAUAUUAUACACAGUACGUCACUUGUAAUUAGAAAUGUAUAAUGCUGUCAAAUCAUCUCUGCAGGACUGUGUGAUUUAUACUUUUUCAUUAAGAAUAAUGUUGAGAUGAAUUGCGCUGAAAAUAAAGCAAAUGUAAUAUGACUCCCA